AUGGCAACAUGCGACAUAUGUGGACAACAGGUGCGACACAGGUCCUUGAAGGGCCACCAAACAAGUCAGGCCUGCAAAGCAGCGGCAGAAAGACAAUACUCCCCCGCUACCGAGAGUGUUGAGCAAUGCCAGGUCCAGGUUGCUCAUGCCGUCUUUGACGACUACGUUUCCAUCUCGGCCAAGCUUCAUGACAUUCUGGACUGUGUACAACUGAGUGGAUGGCUGUUUGCGACCAUACAGCCGUGGGGUCGGGGACAGCAAUCGGUGGACGAGUGGCUAUUCCGCAGGCCUGCUGUCCAGAGUUAUGACAUUCGAAAGCUCAAGGAUCUGGUCUUCCAAGCUUUGCGAAAAGCGGCCUCCUACCCAUACUCAGGGUGGGACCAAAGUCUCUUCGACGCUAUAAUCGUACUGGCCAUGAGCAUAACAUUUGUUGAUGGGUGGAUCCUGACAGCUGCUCAUCAAGAUGUCAUUUUGCGGCUCGCCUGUGCUCACUUGUGCACAAGAGCCAGCACCAGGGAAGAGUGGAUUGGUCGAACACCUUGUGAUGCUUUCUCGCACGUCAUCUUCAAGACUGUCAAGGAGAGCGAACGUUGGAAGUGCGAGCAGAUCAUGCACCAGGGAAUUGUCAUGCUGCGCUCUUCCACGUAUGACUAUCUGGCAAAAUUGAGUAAAGACUUCAGUGAAACGCCCAGUCGAAGCGCCAUUUACCAUCAUGCCAACACGUUAAGAGCUGAAGAAUUUGCUGCUGAUUACGGCUACCAUGUGAUCAGAAUCAGCGAGAUUGCUGGGUCAGUGGACGGAAGCUAA